UUUGGACAAAUCUAUUGUUCCUUUUAUUUAAAAUAUUUAGUACCUUUUUAGAGGCAACCAUUUUUAGAGGCAACCAUUCCCCUCUUCUUAAAUUUCCUGUUCCUCUCCCAGUUCCUUUCCCCCCUAUUUUUUCAGUACAAGUAUUUAUUUUGUAGUUUUUUUUAAAUAGUCUUUUUAUUUAUUUCCUCAAUUUUAAUCCCCCCAACUCUUUAAAUACUCAACUUCUUUUCUAUUUUAAUUUCCUCCCAAAAAACUAUUUAUUUUAUAGUGGAGUGGUUUCCGCCGAUCAAAAAUGUUUAUAGACAACAAAUAGUUUUUUUUCUCUUAAUUUUUUUCUUCCUUCCCCCCUUUCCUUCCGCCAUUUUGCGCGUAUUUUUAUUUUUUGUUCCACGCUGAUUUUUAUUUUUAGUUGCUUCUUCUUUUUUAAAUUCUCCCCCUUCAUUCUCCCCACAUUCUCCCUUCAUUUUCCCUCAAUUUUUACCAAUUAGCACCCACAAAAUAUAUUUUUUGGUAAUUCAAUAAAUUUUUCUCUUCUUCCCCAGCAACAGUCUCACCUUCGCGCUUAGCCCACCAAAGUUGUAAAAAAAGGUAAAAAUACUUGGAGGUUUAUUCAAUGAAGCGUGGAAUUUAUAUCGUUACACUUUCCCUUUUAAUUUUUCUUUUAAUCAUUUUUAAUUAGAAAAAAUUUAAUAAAUAUUUAUUUAUUUUGUAGAUUGAUUUUUCCCCCUUUUUAUUCAAAAUUUGUCAAUUUUUGGCAAAAAAUUUUUCGUGGAAGAUAUCCGUGUCAAUAAUGGGAUCAGAACCCUCUUUUCAACCCUCUUUUUAUGAUAUUCAUUCGUUCUGCGUUUUUUUUUCAGUCUCUUGCGCUCGUCUCUGAUCGGGAUGCCUCCAGGGUGCUCCUCCAUGCUCCUCCAUGCCUUCAGGUACUUCUCCAUGCCUCCAGGUACUCCUCCUCCUCCAUCCUCCUCCAGACGCCUCCUCCAUUUAAUUGAG